AAACUUGCUGUUCCGCCAUAUAUCGGAAUCUGCACCUCGUGGGUGCAUGGAAGUUUUCUUGUUUAUUUUGCUUCUAAUUUAUUGAAAUUGUACAGUAACAAGUCUUGGAAAAUGCCGUCAAAGAACCCUUUACCCCCUAAAGAAAAUGCAUUCUUUAAACGCAUUUUGAAAUGCUAUGAACAGAAGCACUAUAAAAGUGGGCUGAAAUUUGCAAAACAGAUCUUGUCAAAUCCAAAAUAUGCAGAACAUGGAGAAACUAUGGCCAUGAAAGGAUUGACCUUAAACUGCCUAGGAAGAAAAGAAGAAGCAUAUGAUUUUGUGCGACGUGGUUUACGCAAUGAUUUGACUAGUCAUGUCUGUUGGCAUGUGUAUGGUCUACUUCAGCGUUCUGAUAGAAAGUAUGACGAGGCAAUCAAAUGUUAUCGCAAUGCUCUCAAAUGGGAUAAGGACAACCUUCAGAUCUUGAGGGACUUGUCGUUGCUUCAGAUACAGAUGAGAGACUUGGAAGGUUAUCGGGAAACGAGAUAUCAACUUUUAGCACUGAGGCCAGGGCAAAGAGCAUCUUGGAUAGGAUACGCCAUGGCUUAUCAUCUUCUGAAAGAUUACGACAUGUGCCUGAAAGUUCUUGAGGAGUUCAGAAAAACACAAACACCAAAGCCAAUUUAUGACUAUGAACAUAGUGAGCUUUUGUUAUACCAAAAUAUGGUAAUGCAAGAAGCUGGCAUGAAUGAAGAAGCUAUGGAACAUUUAAAGACUUACGAUAAGCAAAUAGUAGAUAGGCUGUAUGUGCAAGAAACAACAGCAAAACUGCACAAUUCACUUAAGCAGCCUCAAAAGGCAGCUGAAAUUUACAGAGAUCUCAUUAGCAGGAACCCAGAAAAUUGGGCAUACUACAGGGGCUAUGAAAAAACUUUACUUCUUGAAGAUAAACCUGAAGAGCGCAUGGAUCUUUACAAAAGUAUUAUAGAACAGUUUCCUAGAGCAACAAUGCCAAAACGUCUACCAUUAGAUUUCACAACUGGAGAUGUUUUUAGAGAUUAUAUUGAUGAUUAUCUUAAAAAGUCACUCAGAAAAGGAGUUCCACCUUCAUUUGUUUCAAUAAAAUCUGUUUAUAAAGAUUCCUGGAAGGUAAAGAUUAUUGAAGAUUUGGUGCUUUCAUAUGUAGACAAUCUUAAACAGUCUGGGAAAUUUGACAGUAAAGGUGAUGUUGAACCAGCCACUGCAUUGCUUUGGGCAUAUUACUUUUUGGCCCAGCAUUUUGAUUAUCUGAAUAACAUUGCACGAGCAUUUGAGUUUGUUGAUUUGGGAAUUGAACAUACCCCUCUUCUAAUUGAACUCUAUGUCCUGAAAGCUAAAAUUUAUAAGCAUGCGGGUGAUAUGGAUGAAGCUGUUAAACUUAUGGAUGAAGCUCAGUCUUUAGAUACUGCAGAUCGUUAUAUAAAUUGUAAAUGUGCUAAAUAUAUGCUUCGUGCCAACUUGGUUCAAGAAGCAGCUGACAUGUGUUCAAAAUUUACCCGGGAAGGUAUUUCUGCUGUGGAAAACUUGAAUGAAAUGCAGUGCAUGUGGUUCCAGACAGAGUGUGCAUUUGCUUAUAAAAGAAUGGGCAAGUGGGGAGAUGCUCUUAAAAAAUGUCAUGAGAUUGAUAGGCAUUUUACAGAAAUAAUUGAGGAUCAAUUUGACUUUCACACUUACUGCAUGAGAAAGAUGACUCUUCGGUCAUAUGUUGGGUUGUUGAGACUAGAAGAUUCACUACGCAGUCACCCGUUUUACUCAAGAAUUGCUCUGUUAGCGGUAGAGAUUUAUUUACAUUUGCAUGAUCAUCCAUUGACUGAUACAGACCAUGACAGUGAUGUGAAUUCAGAAAACUUAUCACCGAGUGAACUAAAAAAAUUAAAACGGAAACAGCGUAAAGCACAAAAAAAAGCUGAGGUAGAGAGAGAAAAGCAGAAAGCUGAGCAGGAGAAAAGAGAUCAAAACAAAAAUAAAGCUGCAGAUGGUGAGAUGGAUGGUCCAAAGGAGGAAGAGUUAAUACCUGAUAAACUAGCAAGGGUUGAUGAUCCAUUAGAACAAGCAAUCCAUUUCUUGAAACCACUUCAGAUGCUCACACCACAGUGUAUAGUUACUCAUGUAAAGGCAUAUGAAAUUUUCUCACGAAAAGGAAAAUUACUGCUGAUGCUGCAAAGCAUAAAGAGAGGUGUACUUGCAGAUCGUUCUAAUCCUCAGUUUCACAUUUGCCUCAUUCAUUUCCUUCAGUAUGUGAAAGAUCUUGGAGAGGUAUGUGAACCUACUAAAACUGUGAUAGAUAUAGAGAUGAAGAACAUUUACCAGGGAAAGACUGCUCUUCAACUCAAUGAGGAAUUUCUCUCUCAAAACUCAGAUUCCUUAGAACAUCGACUUGCCGGUGCUCGUAUGAUGUACAAACUAGACAAUUCAAGACAAGAAGAAGCAAUGUCAUUAGCUGUAAAUCUAGAUUCUAAUCUUAAAGGACUUUCAAUAAAGAAUUGCAUAGAAGUCUUAGAAUCCCUUUGUCGUGGAGAUCUGGGUAAAUGUGAACAAGAAGCUCUAGAAUAUCAAGCGAGAUGCCACAAAAUUUUCCCAUUUGCUGCAGCCUUUAUCAUCCCAGCUCAGCCAUCCACCUGUGGAAGUGGUGACUGCUCCACGGAACAAAUUUUAGUUAAUGGAUCAGCUUUUAAAAAUGAAUCAUGAUGCAAGAGUGGAGUAAGUUAUUGGAUGCAUUAUUGAAUCUGCAUCAGUAGGCACCCUGUUUUUUUAAUUGGUUUGUUUGUUUUAAAUAUCUAAAAGUGUUUUUUUUUUAAGAGGCUAAUCAGAUGGUAAAAUUGCAAUUGAAAGUGAGUUUUUCUCUUGUACAUGAAUAUGAAACUAGAAAUUUACGUUGGCAAGUUUUAUUGCUACAUACAUGAGCUUUCAGUAUUUUUUUCUAGAUUUCAUAAUUUUAAAUUGAGAUUUUAUAUUUUUAAAUUAAGCUAGAAAUAAUAAAAAUGUAAGGUAAAUUUUUGUACUCAGUUUUAUCAUUAAAAAUAACCAGUUUUAUCUGCAGAUGUUUAAAGUUCAAAUAUUUGGGUCAACUAAUAUAUAUAUAUCUAGUUUUUACUUUAUAGUGUGCUUGUGGUAAUCAUAUAUUUCACGCUCAGCUUUUUUACUUUGUUUUUAUUUUAGCAUUAGCAAUAAAUUUUGUUGACUAAGUCUUAUUUCUGCGUCUGUUUUUGGAAACAAAAUUAGCAUCAUUUUUAUCAUAUCUUAGAUACAUAUAUAUAAUUUACUGAAAUACCUGUAGUAUAUAUGCUAAUGAUUCCUGAUUGAUGUACUUUGCUAAAUUUAGCAAAAUGCUUGACACAAGUUUCUCUGACAAGCAGUAGGCUUUGUCUUUUUAAGAUCUAACAGAUUUUUUACUGCUGUUUAAAAUUAGAUGUGAAAAUUUAACAAUGACUAUCAAUGCAACUAUUUGGUUAUUAAUAUUUGUGCAGACCAUGGAUUGAUGCAAUAUGUUGCAACACUUGAAAAUUCAACCAUGUUUUGUAAAUGCAAGUAUAGUAUAAGAGAUGGACAAUGUUUAUAUGACUAACACAUUCAAAUAAAUGUUAUAUAACACUCUGUCAUGCUAGAAUUUUUAUGGCAAUAUCUGAAACAGCAUUACUAGUUGAAAUAGAUGUUUGUUUUGGAUUGUAAUAUAACAGAAAGUAUCUUUUGAUCUUUAAAUAAUUUUGAUGGAAUUAAAAAAAUAAUUUCACCUAUUUUGUGUCAAAAUUUAUCCAACUUAACAAGAAAAUCAAAUGGAAAGGGAGGGGAGCAAAGCAAUUAAUUUCACUUCACAAAAUAGCAUAAAACAGCUUUUUCAAAAAAGGCAAAUUAAUAUCAAGCAAGUUUGAGAAAAAAAUCAAUUAAUCUUGCAGGUUCUAUGGAAAGAAAUGGCAGCCAAUGUACUGUUUUGCCUCUGAAUUUAAGUUAGUGAUUUUCUGUUACUUUUAGAAAAAAUGCAAACACAAUGCCCUCAGAGAUCCUGUCAAUACCAUGCAUUAAAGCUGCAUUGUAGCAAAGGCCCCAUUAUACUUGAACAAAUUUAAUUUCAGAAUUUUGUGAAUAAUUUCACAAUUUCUAGUGCUUUUUGGUGUUUAAAUUCAUUUCAAGUUAAAAUUACAGGGUGCAUUGUGUGAUAAGUUUAUUUUUAUAAUAUACUUCUAAUUGAAGUGUUUGUCAGUUGAUAGCAUGCAUGAUUCAUGCAAUUGCAUAAUGUAAAGCAAAACAUCAGCCUACUCAUUCAUCAAUCAUAAAACAACUUGAUUUUUUAAAAUUCCCAUUAAACCCACUUUUUUUCUUACAACAUGUAAGAUGUCAUAGAGUAGAAUACAGAAGCUCCAAAAUUUCAUUAAAAAUCAGUCAUUUGAUGUUAAUAACUAUCACUUAUUUCAGUUAUUAUCUUUGUGGACAUUUAAAAAAAGUGUUUGCUUUUUUUAUUUUUUUUUUUACUUUAGUAUCUAAGGAUGCUUAGGCAAUUUGAAAAGUUUGAAACACUUAAAAUGUGUACAAAGUUCAAUCUUUAUGGUUUUGUUUAAGAAUUAUAAAAAAAAACAGUUCUGGAUAAUGCAGACAAACCCAAAAAUGUAAAAUAGUGUACAUUUGAACUUUUUUUAUUCAUACACAAGAUGUUUUAUAAAUUUGCUCCAUGUGCAAGAUUUUUGUAUGUUUGUACUUCAUGUUGAGAAUGUUUGGAGUGUUUCUUUAGUAGUGUUGGUGACUUUUGAAUUUUUGAGUGAAUAUUAAUUUAUCUAGAAUAAUAAUUUUAUAUGCAUUUGAGAUUUGUGAGCUGUUUGAUUUAUUCGUAUUAUGUAAGCUUAUGUAGAUUUAAAGGUUUGUCAAGGGAUGACAAAACUGUUAACAGCUUAUCAAAUACUUGCUUCUCAUUUAUUAUGUUCUAAAAAGACAUUUUAUUUUGGUUUCAGAUAGUGUUAAAAAUAAGGUACUUCUUUAAAUAUUGCAAUGCACUUGAUUGCAUCAGUAAUACCUAAAUUUUAAAAAAUACCUAAUUUAAAAAAAAAACACACCAUAGUAUAGUAGAUCUACAUAAAGCUGUUGCUAUAAUAAAAUACCUCCAGUCAUUGUACUAUUAGUGACAUUAAAAGUGUACAAAAUAAUCUCACAAAAACUUCUCAAAAUGCAUUUAUGGAAAUGUCUAAAUAGGCUGGCUAAAUUGUAACAGCACUUAGCAGGACCAAAGACAGAAUACUAUUUUGAUAUGUGAAAGAUUUACUGGAUAAUUUAUGCAAGUUCACAGUAUUUUUUGCUUGGAUAAAAUAUUGCUUGAUGUGUACUUGUUUGAUUUUAUUGCCUUGUUCAUUAAUUCAACUGUCCCAAAUUUGAAUGAUUAAAAAUUAUAAAUAGUA